UUAAAGCCUUGAUGUUCCUCGAAGGAAGCAUGAUCCAGCAAUUGAAGAUGCUGCAGGGUGGAGAGCUGGGAAUCCUGGACUGUUCUUGGCUCUGCCAUUCAGGCACUGCAUGACUUUGAGCGAGUCAGGCACCUUGUGCUUGCAAAUAGCCUCAGCUGUGGAGGUAGGAACUUCACCCAGCACCCCAGCUCCCUCUGACUUCUCAGGGGGAUGUAGCUGCUCUGCAGCACAGGUAGCAGCCUGGCUCGACUUCAAGCUCUGGCAGCUCUGAUCCCACGCUGGGAGGACACACGUGGGUGCCAGGUAUAGAGCUGCUUUUUGCAGGUAUUGGGGCUUGCCCAUGCUUGUUUUCUGUGGCACUUAAAGCCUACAAAACCUGGCUUUGCUGCUUUCCUUUCUAUAUGAGAGUUGAGCAUUAAUUAAACUGCUAUUAAAUGCCCUGAGGGCAUAAGCUAGAGACUUUCAUUUUAAAUGCAAAGCAUCUCACGGCUGGAGGAUUUUGUUUUCUCAAUGUGGCUGUGAGCAUAUUUCUUGCCCAGGAAUUGGCCUGGCUUUCUUGGUUAUGCUUUAGCUUCCGUCAUGCACCCUGACGAGUACCUUCUGGUGCAGCUUUGAGGGCAGCGGAAGGGGAGGUAAUGGAGGAAGUUGCACAUCUCUGAAGCUUCCUUGAUAGAAGAGAGUGCUUUCCCGCACAGAGAGAAAAGUCGCUCCCUUCAGAGCUGAGUGGGUGCCGGUACAUGUUCAGAGCCAUGACUGUGCCACUGGGGCUGCUGCUGGCCUUGUUGGGCUGCACCAGGGCGGUGGACCCUGCGCUGGAGGAGGCCUGGGAAGGGUGGAAGAGCCUUUAUGCCAAGGAGUACCCUGAGGAGGCUGAGGUCAUCCGCAGGGAGGUCUGGGAGAAGAACCUGCGGCGCAUUGAGCAGCACAACUGGGAGGAGUCGCAGGGGCAGCAUAUGUUCCGCCUGGGCAUGAACCAUUAUGGGGACCUGAUGGACGAGGAGUUCAACCAACUCCUGAACGGCUUCACCCCACUGCAGCACGAGGAGCCAGCACUGACCUUCCAGGCGUCGGCAGCUCGGAAGACCCCAGCAGAGGUGGAUUGGCGGGUGAAAGGCUACGUGACACCAGUGAAGAACCAGGGGCACUGUGGGUCAUGCUGGGCAUUCAGUGCCACGGGGGCCCUGGAGGGACUCGUCUUCAAUUGGACGGGGAAGCUGACAGUGCUGAGUGAGCAGAACCUAAUCGACUGUACCCGGAAGCUGGGCAACAACGGCUGCCAAGGUGGCUACAUGACCCGUGCCUUCCAGUACGUGCGUGAAAAUGGUGGCUUGAACUCGGAGCUCGUUUACCCCUACCAGGCCACAGACACCUCCAGCUGCCGAUACAACCCCGGGGACAGGGCGGCCAACUGCUCCACAGUCUGGCUGGUGGCCCAGGGCAGUGAGGCAGCGCUGGAGCAGGCAGUGGCAACUGUGGGCCCCGUGUCUGUGGCAGUGGAUGCCAGCAGCUUCUCCUUCCACUUCUACAAAUCAGGUAUCACCUCCUGCACCUGGAGAAGUGGAGGCAUCUUCAGCAGCAUGUUUUGCAGCCAGAAGGUGAACCAUGGGAUGUUGGCUGUCGGCUAUGGAACAAGCCAGGAGGGCGGGAAGAAUGUGAGCUACUGGAUCUUAAAGAACAGCUGGUCGGAGCUGUGGGGUGAACAGGGCUACAUCCGCCUGCUGAAGGGAGCAGACAGUCACUGCGGCGUGGCCAACCAGGCCAGCUUCCCUCUGCUGUGAGCUCCUGCACUGGGGGGAAGAUGGCACUCACUGGGAUCGCUCCCCUGCCUUGCUGUGAGGAUAGGGAUGCUUCCUUCUGGAAGGGGCUUUUGUCUGUGUGUGGUGAGAAACAAUUAAAAGUGGCAUACGUAA